UCUCUCUCUCUCUCUCUCUCUCUGCAUUCCUCUACGUUCCGUGACUUCCCUCUUCCACCCACCCACCCACCCACCCGUCCCACCUCCUUCCAUCGGAAUCAACGACGAUGAAAUAACACGGUGUAGUGUUGUGACGUUCUUUUCUUUUUUUUUUCCUCUUUUUCUACUCUUUUUUCCUCUCCUUUUUCUUUCUUUCUUUCUGUCUUUCUUUCUUUCUUUUCGUUCUUAUCGUUUCCUUCUCCUUCUCCUACUCCUUCCCCUCCGCUCCCCUCCCCUCCUAUCGCGAAAACGCGCUUCUCGACGACUUCUCGUCCGAAGGUCGUCGGCGGAUGCUGUGAACGGCGCGAAAUGCCGAAUUUGUAGUUUCGUUCGGUCGCGUAUUUGUUGACGACACGGAAGAAAAACUUAAGUUCCUUCCUACUAAAAGGAGAGAGACGACAGGAUUCAUUACUCGGAAUCGGAUAUCUACGAGUCUCUUAUCUCUACUUGUCUCUCGGAGAAAUGGAUAGAGAGCAUAGAGAUCAACGUGAUCACGAUAAUCCGAAUGAGAACGAGGGAGAGCGGAAAAGUGGAAUGGAUUUUCGUAGUAUUUCGCAUCAUCAUGGAGCAGCGGAUCAAACAACGGAUGCCGACUCGGAGAGAGAUAUGGAAAUCGAUCGAAAUGAUCGGCUGCACGACGAUAAAACGGAUCAAAUGUUGGAAAGAAAUUUUCACAAUUUAGAGCGUCAUCCAGCUAUGAGAGAUAUGGAGAGAGAUCAGAACAAUCACGUUGAUAACUUACACGAUGAUAAAAUUGAUCAUAAAAUGAGUAGAGAUUACCGCAAUAUGGGACAUCAUCCAGCCAUGCUUCACUUACACUCCGGCAUUGAACACUUAAGUAAUGUCGACGUAGAGGUUAAAUUGGCAAGAGACGUAAGAGGUUCUUUAGGUUUAGGAUUAUCCCUAGAAUUAUGCGUGGUAUGUGGAGACCGAGCAAGUGGUAGGCAUUACGGAGCUAUAAGUUGCGAAGGCUGCAAAGGUUUCUUUAAACGCAGUAUUCGUAAGCAAUUAGGUUACCAAUGUAGAGGAAGUAAAAGUUGCGAAGUUACCAAACAUCAUAGAAACCGUUGCCAAUAUUGUAGGCUUCAAAAGUGUCUGGCAAUGGGUAUGAGAAGUGACUCUUGGGGUGUUGUAGCCGUUCAACACGAACGAAAACCAGUAUUAGGAGAAACUGCUGGAACAAAAGUUGGUAGUCGUAGUCCCAGAGUCAAACCGGAACCACAGCAGCCUGUUCCUGAAGCUCCUCAAACUUGGGAACAGCCUGAAAGUCCUAGUAUGGAAGACCAAAGCAGCGACAGCGAUUUAAGCGAUGCUUUGACGUUAGCUAGGGAACGUUUGUUAAUAUCUCAUGCAUUGGACAGUAUGGCCAAGCUUAUUGGUGAUAGUGUGAAUGGUUCGAGUGAACCUGACGAAGAGUGGACGGGCCAAUUGAUCUCAGAAAGACAUACAUUGUUCGAACUGAGAGCACCUAGCCCUGCACCCGCAUACUUAUCUAUACAUUACAUAUGUGAAAGUGCAGCAAGGUUACUGUUUUUGUCUGUACACUGGGCACGAGGGAUUCCUGCCUUUCAAGCCCUACCAUCGGAGAUACAAACUACGUUGGUGCGUAGUUGCUGGGGACAAUUGUUUACAUUAGGUCUUGCACAGUGCGCGUAUACUUUGUCCCUUCCUAGUAUCCUGACAUCUAUAAUAAAUCAUCUUCAAGCUAGUAUCGCACAGGAAAAAAUUACCGCUAGCAAAGUGAAGUCUGUUACAGAACAUAUAUGCAGAUUGCAAGACUGUGUAAGUUCUCUUCACAAAUUGCAAGUAGAUUCCGUCGAGUACGCCUAUCUUAAAGCCUUAACGCUCUUUAGCGCAGACAAUGUACUGGCUGGCAUUUGGCGUAAAAAAGUUGAAGUUCUACAAGAAGCAGCGUGGACGGAAUUACAACAACGAGUAGGAUCUGACAGAUUACCUCGUCUUUUAUUAAAACUUGCACCUCUUCGGUCGAUUAACCCUAGAGUGUUAGAAGAUCUCUUUUUUGCAGGUCUUAUUGGUAGGGUAAGCGUAGCUAGUGUAGUGCCUUAUAUUCUGACUAUGCAAGAUUGUAAACCAGAACCUGAAAGUCACAUGGGGUGACAAUUACUCUUAGUGCAAUGUAAGUCGUGACCUGAAAAGGUGAUAUAUUUAUAAAUUAUCACAGGAUGCUUAUAGUAUAUUUUUAUAUAAGGAUAAAAAAGAAGAUCUAUAGAGCAAAAUGUAUUUUUAUAUCGUGCAGAUAACAGUUAUUAAGUAUCUUCCGAUUGUAAAAAGAAAACAUUUAUUUGUGAUAUUCUCAAAUAUAUUGUAAUAUGUUGUGCAAAACUAACUGAACUUUUGCAAUAAUUGUUUAGUAUCCGUAAAGUAAUUAUUUUGAAAUACUACUUAAAGUAAGAGUGCCUUGCAAUAAUAAUCUGUAUUUUAACAUCGUCUUGUAUGCUAUAUGCUCUAUAGCAACUUCUUCUAAACUUGAGGUAUUGUAUGUUACAUAUUCAUAUUUUUUAAGGCAAUAUUAUUUCAUAACUUAUUAUUAGUAAGGGCAUUGCCUCUUACCAAAGUAGUAGUUAAUUUGUAUUUUAUGUUAUAAGAAUUACAAUUUUAUUUUAUUAUUAAAAAUUUUUAAAGCAAUUUCUCUCUCAUCGCAUAAUUUAAUACAAAAAUUUCAAGCGAACACAAAAAAUAUUACAUAAUACAUGAUAUUAGAGAAGUUCAUAUUUAAAUUUAGACAUCUUGUAGAUAUUUAAUAGUUUUAUGUGACACGGUAGGGAUCACUGCGAAUUUUUUAUCGAGAAAUUUUAACGUUAACAAAGCAGUACGUGUACGCCAUUCGACAUUUAACAACAAAAUUUGAUGUUGAUAUUGCGACUGAGUCAAGACGUGGGCAAAUAAUUAUGAAAGUAAUCUAAAUCAUCGGGGAUAUUAAAAGACAUAUUCCGUCACAUUUCAUUUUGAAAAAAUUCGACUUCAAAGAUGAAGAUAUCUCGAAACGAAAAAUGUACGAUUUGGAUCACUUUCAUAAUCACCGGCUCGUAUAUGAUUUUCUCAUUCGCGUAAAAAUAAGCGACUGAUAAUACUGCAUUUCUUGCAAUAUAAUUUUUUUUUUUAAAUUUAUAACGAACAGUUCACGCAAUAUAUUUUCAUAACAUAAUGUAAAAACAAUUUCCUCUAAAAGUUUUUUCAUUUUUUUUUUUGAUUCUUUACAAUUAUCGCAAAGUUUACACGAACUAGGUACGUUGAACAAAUAGAUUAUUGUGUUUAUAAAAGAGACAUACACACAUAAUGUGUUUCUAUGAAUAGCAUGAAUACUUAAUGUAGAUUAAGGGAAUUAGAGAAUCAUGUAUGUACUUACUUAAUUACGUGUAAAAAUUGUUAUUAUUACAUAAUUGUCGAGCGAACAAUCGUAUAUCGAAAUAGGCAUAAUUAUAAAUAUUUUUAUAAAGAUUAUUUACAGUUAUCUUUUUCGAAAAGUAAGAGCUAUUUCUUUUCUUUAAGAUGAAAAUAAUAUUUUAGAUUUAGAGACUAUUUUUAAUACACAGGGUGUUAAAAAUCAUAUCUUUAGAGAUAUUUUUUCAUUGAGAAAUAAAGUCAUAAAAUAUAUUUUCAAAGCUCUAUACAUAUUAAUACAAUUUGUAAUAUACGAUAGACUUAUUGUUGUUAAAUAAUUCAUACUAUUAAUGAUGUCAACAAUUAGCUAUCUCGAUAAAAAAAUAUUACUAAAAUAAUUGGGUACAAAGUAUUAUAUGACUCUGUUUCAUAAUGUAGUACUAACAAUUAGAUAAAAUGAGUCAGUAUUGAAAAUUGAAAUAAUUAUCUGACAUAUUCUUAUGUAACGUUAAAGUAUGUGAAAUUUAACAUAUACAAUUACUUUUAUGUGUGAUAAAACGUUGAAACAGUAUAUCUUUAGUGCAUCAAUUAAUUGAUGGACAAUAAGAAGUUUAAUGGGGCAAAGACAACUGCAAUGUACAUAAUUAAAAAAAUGUGCCUAUGUAUAUCAAAGUAUUUAUAUUGGACAAAAUUUUGUAAUGAAUACACGUAAGUAAGUAAGUGACUAACUAACUAAUUGACUAACUAACUAAUCAACCAACUAAUCGACUAAAAAUACAAUUUUAAGAUCAGAGAGACCUGAAAUUCGUUGCCUGUGCUCUCGUUUUUUCCUACUUUGAAAAACUUUCUGUGUAAAUAUAUACAUAUAUAAAAAUAUACGUGUUCUUAAGUAUACAUUAAAAUCGUAAGAGAAUAGACGAAUAUUCGAAAUAGAAGAAAGAAAGGAAAGAGAAAAAAAAAACCAAUAAAGUUUAUAUCAUCUCAUAAAGUGCCGUAUUGUGUCGUUCGUGCUAUUUGACGACUCCUCCCUUCGAAUUCAUCGAUAAAAUAAUGUAACGCGCUCGUGAUCGUCUCAUAUCACGAUUAUUAAAAAAAAAAAAAAAAGAAAAAGAAAAGAAAAAAACUGUAGAUAAUACGUGUAUGUGUAUAUAUAUAUAUAUAUACCCACAUACACACACACAUAUAUCCGUACGAAAAAAAAAAUUUGUCAAUAAUAACCAUAUACCUUAAAGUAAGACCGUCACGUGACUCGAAUUUUCGCUCGAAUUUUUCACGUCGAGAAUGACGCUAUUGACUCUUGGAAGUGAAAGUUCCACGCGUCGUGAAAGGGAGAGAAGGAAGGAAGAAAGAGAGAGAGAGAGAGGGAAUGAUGAGGGAGAGGGUAGGAGAGAGGUGGCGUGAUCGUAAAAAUACCAUCGAGUAAGUGAGUAAGUGAGUAAGUAAGUAAGUAAGUAAGUAAGUAUAUAGAAGGAGAACGAUGAGAAGAAGAGGGGUAAGGUGAGGUAGGUGAAACGGAGAGGAAAGUAAAACUCGAGGGAGGAACCCUACUGUCGUCGGGACAUAGACACGGCCCUGCGGUGUGUGAGUCAUAUCCUAAGAUUGCCUGUAGAGGCGCCUCGAAGGCACCGUUCCCCCUCCCCUCUCUUCGUUCUCCUCCUCUGUGUCGUCAUCGUCGUAGUCUCUCUCUCUCUCUCUCUCUUUCUCUCUCUUUUUCUCUCUCUCUCUCUUUCUCUCUCUCUCUCUCUCUCUCUCUCUCUCUCUUUCUUUGUACCUCCUUACAGACGUUUGCGUACGUGUGUGUCGUAUACUUUGUGAAUCGUUUUUUCGUGCGCGAAGCAACGACGAUUCUGAAGUUGUGGAGGUGGUGAGCGUGGAGAUUCAACGAAGUACCGUUCGGUAGUCAGUACCGGUCACAUCGAGAUUCAACGACGACGACAACGACGACGACGACGACGACGACGACGACGAUAGAGUUUUAUCAUCGUUUCUCUUUCGCAGACACGCGAUCAUGAGAAGAAAAGUGCCGGAUAUAUUUUGAUUCGUUUCUCUCGUCGAUAGGGAGACAAAAAAGAGAGAAAGAAAACUAGACAUCGCACGGGUGUCGAUAUUGGAUUAUUUCUAUCUUUUUUUUUUUUUUCUUUUCUUUUUUCUCAAUCUAUUACUUUUAAGCGUCCCAACGACGUUUCGUAUUUUUUGUAAGAGGAGUUGCAAGAAAGGAGUAAGUAAGAUAGAAGAAGAAGAAGGGUCGAGCGUGCGUCGAUGCCGUGCAGGUAGACAAGCUAAUCUUCUAGUAAAGAAAAGAUAUAAAGAACAAGACUAUAUAUCGGAUAUAAUUGAAGAGGAAGAUCAAACGAAUUUACACCUGUCCUUUCGAAGAAAGAGAACUAUGAUAUGCGAGUUCGUCGUCGUCGUGUACGUGUGUGUCUGUGUUCGUGCACGCGGGCGCGCCUUACAUCGUAACAAAUAGACAUAGAUAGAUAAAUAAAUAAAUAAAUAAAUAAAUAAAUUGAUCGAUAGAUAAAUCAAUAAGUUAAUUGUGCGGGAGUGUUGCAGAUUCGUUUUGCUAUUUCUUUUGUGUGUUUUUUUUUGGUUUUGUUUUGUUUUUUUUUUCCCUCCAUCUCAAUCGAUCAAUCGAUCAAAGGUGCAAUUAACGUCGUUGGUUACAUCGUUCGAGUCGUUUU